AUGGCUAAGAAAGAAAAAGUUAGCAAGACUGAAGAGGUCGGCGAAGAUAACUAUGAAAAAAGAAUGUCUGCUGUUUUACCAUUUGCUCAUCCUUUAGCUCCUAAAAAAUUAAACAAGAAAGUUUUAAAAACCGUUAAAAAGGCCUCUAAAGCUAAACAUGUCAAAAGAGGUGUUAAAGAAGUUGUCAAAGCUUUAAGAAAAGGUGAAAAGGGUUUGGUUAUCAUUGCUGGUGAUAUUUCACCACCUGAUGUUGUUUCCCAUCUUCCAGUCUUAUGUGAAGAUUCAUCAGUUCCAUAUGUUUUCAUUCCAUCUAAAGAAGAUUUGGGUUCCGCAGGUGCUACUAAGAGACCAACAUCUUGCGUUUUUGUUGUUCCAGGUGGUGGAAAAUCAAAGAAGAAUGCUGAUAAGACCGAUGAAUAUAGAGAAGGUUUCGAUGAAGUUGUUAAGGAAGUUGGUUCUUUAGAAUAA